AUGCAACCCAUUAUCAAAGCCUCUGUACGCUCCACCUCGGCCGUCUCCGGCCUCCGACGCCUGGAACAGGACCCCAUCACCACGCGCGUCCUUCAAGCCGUCCUAUCCGCCAUGAUUGCCCUCUCGAUCAUCUCUUGGAUGCUAACGCCCUCGUUCAAGAUGGCACACUCGCCGCACUCGAUUGCAUCCACAGUCUCCUUCCUCGCCGACGGCAACAUCUUUGGCUUCCUACCGCGCGGCGCGGAGUGGAUGUCCGAGUCGGACCUGAAACUUGCUUCGAGAGCGCCCGUCCGAGGCAACGGAGACCCACAGGCUGAAACGUUUGCUAUCCGGGCUUCCAAGGCGACCGGUCGAGCGGACGGCGAGGAUGCUGGAUCCGGAUUUUUCGCGAGGUUGAUUGCGAGCCCUCGUCGUGCUUUUGGACGGGGCUAG